AUGGCUGGUGGAUUGGAGAAAUGUUUGACUUUGAUAGGAUUCAGUCUUAUCUGUCUUGAAAUGGUUGCUUCAGCAAAAACAGCUCCUGAAAUACCCACUAUUGAUCAGGCAUAUUCAAAAAUCAGUAACAGCAUCACUGUAGAAUGGGCUACAGUGCCAGGUGCCACCAGUUACCUCCUCAGAGCUGAAGACGGGGACACGGUCAUUGAAACCGUGGUGGCCAGUUCUCCAGGAACUGUGACGGGCCUGAAGGCUGCGACCUUGUACCAAAUCACCGUCAGAUCCAUCGGUGCUGCUGGGAGAAGCCAGGCAUCACCUCCAACACAGGCAAAGACAGUGUUGGCUGCACCAAUUCUAGAAGUCAGCUCUCCAAGUUCAGACUCUAUUCUUGUACAGUGGGAAGCUGUGUAUAUGGCAAUUGGAUUCUCCGUGUCCAUUAUGCGAGCCAAUGGCUUGGGUAGAAUAUGGAAAGAGAAUACUACAAACACCUCCUUGACAUUCAACAGUUUAGAAGCCGGGACACUCUACACCAUAAAGGCCUAUGCGUGGAAUGCCAACGGAAUCCCUGGGGAUGACUCCACCUGCAAUCAGAGAACAAGUCCUCGUGCCCCUGCCAACAUUCAAGUCUCUUUUGAUAGUGGGGCUCUGAAGGCGUCUUUCUCAUGGGUACCAACAGAAGGAGCUUUCAACUAUACCGUGAUGGCUUUGAGUGACUCUUCAGAACUGAGCUGUAGUACAGCUUUCAGUUCCUGCACCAUCUCCUCCCUCCAGUGUGGAACUGAGUACCUGAUUUCAGUUUUAGCAAGUAAUGAUGCUGGAUCUAGCAAAUCAUCUUCAGCCGUGACCCUGAAAACCGUUGCUUGUGCACCUGGAAGAGUGAUAAUCCAAGAAGAUCCCCCUGGUCACCUGUCUGUGGCUUGGUCCCAUGUAGAUCUGGGUGAUUACUAUGUGGCCUUCGUGAAGAGUGAUGAUGGCUUGGAAGCACAUUGCAACACAUCCCUUACCCAGUGCAAUUUCCUAUCUGAGUGUGGCUUCACUUACUUUAUUAGUGUUUUUGCCUAUAACAAGGCAGGACAGAGUCCUUUGGGUGACAUAUUCAAUUAUACCACGGCUCCCUGCUGUCCUAGUGACAUUAGCCCCGUGUUGGUGUCCAGUGACAGAGUAGAGAUUGUCUGGUCUCCUGUCCGUGGUGCCGAACUCUAUGAAACCAAGGCCGUAGAUGGGUACAACGUGGUCGAGUGCAACGACACCGCUCCUGCUUGCACCCUUUCGGCUCUGGAGUGUGACACCAAGUACAACAUCACGGUGUAUUCUUUCAGCGAAGUCAGGGGCAGCAACAUGUCAUGUACUUCCCAGUUUAUAACCACAGCUCCCUGCAGUCCUGAAAUAAAUGUUUCGAAAGAUGCAUCCUCCAUGAUUCAGGUGCACUGGAGAUCCACUAACGAUGGCGCUACUUACACAGUCACUGCCCAGGGGGAGACAGGGCUGUACCAGUGCAGCAGCACAGGCGAGUCCUGUACCAUGGGCGCCCUGCCCUGCGGCUCGCUGUUCUCUGUCACCGCUGUGGCUGAGACGCAGGCAGGACGGAGCCUGCCCAGCUACAGUGUGCCCCUGGAAACUGUGCCAUGCUGUCCAGCUGGUCUGACAGUAACUCAAAUCACCCAGUCAGUAAUCAACAUGAGCUGGACUAUUGGGACGGUGGCCCAAACCUAUGUGACAGUUUUGGAGUCACACACUGGACAGUCUAAGUGUCACACUCAUCAAAACCACUGCCUCCUGGGAUGCAUCACAUGUGGCGUCAACUACACAGUGACAUUAAAAGCAAUUAGUGCCACUGGGUUGACUGCGGACUGCGCCCACCAAAGUUAUUCUCCUAGUGCCUGCUGCCCUUUGGGGGUGAAGUUAUACAGGCUGGGCCCUAAUGGCAUCCGGAUCUACUGGCAAGCCUCCAGGGGCUCUGCCAAUUACAGCACCGACCUCUAUGGCUCCAAAGGCAUUUUCACGUGUGCCCCAAGUGCUGGCCUCAGUUUCUGUGAUAUCACCGAGAUCCCCUGUGGGGAUGUAUACACUGUGAUGGUCUCACCAGUUGCUGAAACAGGACUGAAGCUUACUUUCUGUCCAAAAAAAAUAUAUUCAGUAACUUGCUCUGGAAGUACACUUGGAAUGGUGAUUUACAGAGGGAAGAGAAAUCCAGAAUGACCCAGGGAGCCCUGGAUAAAAACAGACACCUGACCAAAGUGGUCUCAACUGUUAGUGAUUAGAAUUGGGAAAGAUCUAUUAGAAUACAGAAUUUUUCUAGGAUAGGAAAAGCUCCUUUUACCUUUAGAAGAACAACUCUGACUCUGCUUCCUGAGGGCAAGGUCAGGUGUGUCCUUAGCCACACAGGAGUUCAAGAUCUUCUGUGGUGAGGACUCUAGGGUCAUGGAUCCAGAAAGUUCUCUGGAAGGCUACCAGAGUGAGCCAGCACACUGCGAGAACCCUAAAAACAUGAAAGGUUUACUUAGCAGAAAUUCUUCUGAGAUUUCACAUCCAGACACAUCACACACUUUGUGAGUGUUUCAUCAACACCAGCACUUGCCAUGCAGCCCCCUAGCCAUUCAGGGGCUGGAGAUGUUCGCACCCAGAGAAGGCAAGCCGCCUACACAGAGACAAGGCUCACCCCAGGACACGCCGCCACCAGGACUUCAGCACAGGUUGGAUAGCAGCAGCUUCCAGGGCAACCCAUGGUAACAAACGCCCCCAUUGCAGUUAGAAGGGAAGCUGAGCUACUUGCUGGUUUGCUGAGCCAAAGCAUCAAGUGAUGUGACAUUCUUGAGAGAGCAUCCGGAAAAGCAGAGCGGCUGGCCUGUUGCUAGAAGGAUUGCAGCUGCGCUUCUGAAUGAGCAAAGGCGCCGGAUGGAGGGCAGCCACUGGCAGAGCCUCGAACUGUGGCAGACUGACAUAUGCGCAUCUUUUUGGGGGAGGACCAUCCAUCUUAUUGGCUGUGUCUCCCAUCCCACUGAACUGCUUUUUUGAUCUUUGGAGAAGAAAGGCAAUAAUAUAUAACAUAAAUCUGUUGUAUCUA